AGAGCAGCUACGACGCUGGAUGAGAAGAUUGAGAAAGUGAGACAGAAAAGGAAGUUCCAGGAAAAAGAAGCUAAACUAGCAAAAGUGAGAGAUGAAGAUGCAAAGACUGAGGAUAAUCAAACCAAAAAGAGGGAGUGUGAGGAUUUCUGUAGGGAUGAAAAAGAGGACGAUGUGGAGUCUCAGUAUUCUUUGGAUGAUGAAACAGUCUUCACCAAAGCAGAUACGGUCAAAGUGAAGGAACAGAGGAGAUCAAAGAAGAAAGAAAUGGAAGCAGAAAGCUUCUUUGAAGAUGCGUCUCAAUACGAUGAGAAUCUGUCAUUCCAGGACAUGAAUCUGUCACGACCUUUGCUAAAGGCAAUCACAGCUCUUGGCUUCAAGCAACCAACCCCAAUACAGAAGGCCUGUAUCCCGGUGGGUCUUCUGGGGAAGGAUAUUUGUGCCUGUGCUGCCACUGGGACAGGUAAAACAGCUGCCUUCAUCUUGCCUGUCCUUGAGCGCCUGAUUUACAAACCUCGUCAGGCUCCGAUAACACGGGUCUUGGUUCUCGUGCCCACACGAGAACUGGGGAUUCAGGUGCACUCUGUCACCAAGCAGCUGGCGCAGUUCAGCAGUGUCACAACUUGCCUUGCUGUAGGUGGCCUAGAUGUGAAGACUCAGGAAGCAGCUCUGCGCUCUGGGCCAGACAUCCUUAUUGCCACUCCUGGGCGUCUGAUUGAUCAUCUCCACAACUGCCCUUCUUUCCACCUGAGCAGCGUUGAGGUGCUGAUUUUGGACGAAGCAGACAGGAUGCUGGAUGAAUACUUUGAGGAACAGAUGAAGGAAAUAAUCAAGUUGUGCUCCAGCCACCGUCAGACAAUGCUUUUCUCUGCUACAAUGACAGAGGAGGUGAAAGAUUUGGCUUCUGUUUCCCUAAAAAGUCCCGUGCGAAUUUUUGUGAACAGCAACACGGAUGUUGCGCCUUUCCUGCGGCAGGAAUUCAUCCGGAUCAGACCCAACCGCGAAGGGGACCGUGAGGCCAUUGUGUCAGCUCUGCUGACACGAACCUUCCCAGAUCAUGUGAUGCUUUUCACCCAAACCAAGAAGCAGGCUCACCGUAUGCACAUCCUACUUGGACUGAUGGGUCUGCGGGUUGGGGAACUUCAUGGGAACCUCUCUCAGGCACAGCGGUUGGAAGCACUCAGGUGCUUCAAGGAUGAGCAGAUUGAUAUUCUGGUAGCUACAGAUGUGGCUGCACGUGGACUUGAUAUUGAAGGUGUUAAAACAGUAAUCAAUUUUACUAUGCCAAACACCACCAAACAUUAUGUUCAUCGAGUGGGUCGGACAGCAAGAGCGGGCAGGGCUGGCCGCUCGGUUUCACUUGUGGGUGAGGAAGAGCGCAAGAUGCUAAAGGAAAUUGUGAAGACUGCAAAAACACCAGUGAAAGCCAGAAUUCUUCCCCAAGAUGUCAUACUAAAAUUUCGAGAGAAGAUUGAGAAUCUAGAGAAAGAUGUGUAUGCAGUCCUGUGCUUGGAGCGUGAGGAACGUGAGAUGCAGCAGUCGGAGGCCCAGAUCAAUAGGGCAAAGAAGCAGCUGGAGACAGGAAAACAAGAGACUGGGGGUGAGGGUUUGGAGCGGAGCUGGUUUCAGACCCGUGAGGAGAGGAAGAAAGAGAAACUGGCUAAAGCUCUGCAGGAGUUUGACCUAGCAUUACGAGGCAAGAAGAAGAGGAAGAAGUUUAUGCAGGACAGGCAGAAAAAAGUACAAAUGACACCAGAGGAGAGGUCACAGUUUGAAAUACUGAAAUCUCAAAUGUACGCCGAGCGGCUGGCGAAAAGGAAUCGUCGGGCAAAGCGAGCAAGAGUCUUGCCAGAAGAGGAACCAGCAGUAGUACCAACAGGCCCCAAGCGGAAGAAAAACGUGUCUGUGUUUGAUGAAGAGCUUACCAACACGAGCAGGAGGGCCCUGAAGCAGUACCGUGCUGGCCCAUCAUUUGAAGAUCGGAAGCGCAUGGGUAUGGCUCAGCGUAGGAAGGGAGGAAAUUUCAAAUCCAAGUCCAGAUACAAGAGGAAGUAA